GUUGAAGAAAACACAUGGCCGCGAUUAGAAAUUUUGUGGCCAUUGUGGCCUUGUGCCUGGUGGCCACUACCCAUGGGGCCAACAUCGUGGGUCUUUUUGCCAGCCUGAGUCCCUCCCACUUGGUUAUCCAGAUGUCCAUGGCCCGAAUUUUGGCCGAAAGCGGCCACAAUGUUACAGUGGUGACUGCCCUGAAGCCGCCGUUCCUGCCGAAGAAUAUCACCCACAUCCAAGUGCCCCUUUCGGAGGAUGAAAAGCAGGCCUUCAAUUCCGUUUUUGCUGACUCGGCCAAGACAGAUAACACUAACCCGUUUUUGCAAAUGCUCCAACGAGUGGGAAAAAUGAGCAGUGCCUUUUCCAAGACUGCCAAGGUUAUGGAUCACCAGCUGGUUAAGGAUCUCUACGAAAACAAGGACAAUAAGAUCGAUCUGGUCAUUGUAGGAUAUUUUAUGAGCAGCUUCCACUUCACUUUGGCGCACAGGCUGAAGGUGCCACUUGUGUUAGCUCUCUCCAAUCCCCCAAACUUUCUGGGCCACAUCUUGGCCAACCCCAGAGAACUCUCCUAUGUGCCGGCAAUGACUACGACAAUCAAAGCAGGCGAAGUAAUGGGUAUUGGCAAGCGUUUUGCCAACCUUUUGGGUGCCUUGGGGCACUUUGCAUUUAUGUCCAUUAUUGAGUACAACAACGAAAAGACAUACAGGGACAUGUAUCAGGAUGAUCCUACUCUUCCCGCUUAUGGGGAAUUGGCAAAAAAUAUUUCCCUUAUAUUCUUUUCCUCUCACGGAAUCAGCGAAGGACCUAUUAGGCCCAAUGUGCCCGCAGUGAUUGAGGUGGGGGGCAUACAGGUCAAGGAUCAGCCAGAUCCCUUGCCCCAGAACUUGCAGGAUUUUCUCACUGACACUCCCCAUGGGGCCAUCCUUCUGAGUUUGGGCUCAAAUCUGAAAGGAGCUCAUCUGAAACAAGAUUCGGUGAAGAAGAUGUUCAAUGUGCUCUCGAAACUGAAGCAGAAGGUCAUUUGGAAGUGGGACGAUCUUGAAAAUCUGCCCGGCAAGUCGGAGAACAUUCUCUUCGCCAAGUGGCUUCCCCAGGACGACAUCCUGGCGCAUCCCAACAUCAAGAUGUUCAUAACCCACGCCGGAAAGGGCAGUGUCACCGAAGCCCAGUACCACGGAAAACCCAUGUUGGCCCUGCCAGUUUUCGGAGACCAGCCCGGUAAUGCUGCUGACAUGAAGCUGCAGGGCUUUGGUGUGAUUGAAAGCUUGGUCAACCUGGAGGAGGAGUCCUUUGCCGCGGGCAUCAAGGAGGUGCUGGAGAAUCCCAAAUAUACCAUAGCAGUUAAAAAGUUCUCCGAAUUAUACCGCGAUCGCCCGCUGAGUGCUCGGGAUACUCUAGUGUACUGGGUGAACUACGUAAUUCGCCACCAUGGAGCCCCCCAUCUGCAAAGUCCAGUUGUGCACAUGAGCUUCAUAGCCGCCAAUAAUUUGGAUAUAUAUGUUAUUAUUGUUGGCACGCUCUUGGCCAUAUUCCUUGCCGUAAGAUUUGUUUUUCGGCUAGUUAUAAAAAAGAUCAAGGGUUCACCAAAGGUUCCAAAACACAAAGCGAAAAAGCAUUAGUUUUUUGUAAAUAAUAGUACUUAAAUACAUUUUUAGAAAAUUUUUAAGUCUCA